CGGGACACCGUAGAAUCACAACAUCAGCUGUUGUGGCCAAGAUGGCGCGUAACCUGGUGGGGUUGGAGGUUCCUCUGGACUCAGACCCGUCCGGGGACCAGGAUGAGAAAGAGGUUCUUAGGCGGUGCAGAGGAAGACCGAGACUGACGGACUCAGACCGGGCUCAGAGGCGCCUGGAGUCCCGGAAGAAGUACGAUGUUCGGCGGGUUUAUCUGGGAGAGUCGCACAAGCUGUGGAGUGAAGUGAGGAGGAGAACCAGCCUGAGUGAUGCUGGGCUGGCAGAGUAUCUGAUCCUGCUCAACAACACUUAUGGAGAGAAGUACCAGCAGGAGUACUGCGGGAAGAAGAUUGCUCCAGAACUCUCAUUGAGACAGAAAAAAGGCAGGAAGGAUCGGGUGUCCAGCCUUCAGAGCCUGGUCUGCUGGUACCAGGAUCACUGUCGCUCCUGCCCUCACGAGCCCCAGCUCAGAGCCCUGGAGCCCCAGCUCAACUUCUCCACUGCUGCUAUUUGGCAGUGUGACUCCAACCACUCAUUUGUGCAAUACCUGUUCUCCCCACCGAGGGAGGCCAGUGACUCUGAACCUGAGGAGGACGUGAUGGAAGAGGAGGAGGAGGAGGAAGAGGAAGAGAGGGCGGAAAAAACAGACGUGGUUGUGGCUAAAGCAGGAGUGAGCAGGAAGAGAAGAAAAGAGGCUCACAAACAGUUUGAAGAUGUGACAGAUAAUGUCUCUGAAGGACAACAGACACCCAUGAGCCCGAUAGCAGGGGCUGCAGCUGUAGACCAGCAACCCACAGAAGAGGCCUCCUCCGGGGAUGUUCCGCUAACAGGACAGCCUGUGUGGGAGAUGGAGAUGGUGAUGGAGCGACAGCCGGGCUCCCCCGCUGAAGAGUUUCCAUCUGAUGAGGAGGCUGAGGAUGUGAGGCAAGACAGAGAAGAAGAAGAGGGGAUCAGGACGGUGCCUCACGGAUACGAAUGUGUUACCGUGACGCAGUCUUUAAUGGACAAACUGGAAAAGACGAGAGAAGACUCAUUGCUUGCACAGAGCGGCUCAGUUGGAUCGGAGCUUUCUGUCCCGUCGAACAUCCCGGAGCAGGAGCAGAGCGAACUGUUUGACCCUCACUCUCUGCAGACGGUAGUGAGCAGCUGUGAGAUCCCAGACCAGAGGAACACUUUGGGAGGAUCGCAGUUGAUCAUCAUCACCGGUCCCAGCUACGAAGCCCUUGCUUCAGAGGGCAUCCAGCUGAACAUGGGCGGGGGAAAUGUGGAGGAUGUCACCUGCACCGUCAUCGGGGGGGUCACCUACAACCAGGUGUGCACGUCAGACUCAAAACUCAGAGCGGAGGAGGAGGAGGAGGAGGAGGAGGAGGAGGAGGAGGAGGGGGAGGAGGAAGACUCCAUGACAGGAUUGAGUGACAAACAGCUGCUGCAGCCCACUGAUGACUCUCUGGAUCUGAGCAGUGACCGAGAGCUGCAGCGCAGUCUGAGUAGCGUCAGGUCAAAGAGAAACAGACGAGGCCCUGUCAUCGAGGCGGACGGCAUGCUCAAGAUGUUCCACUGUCCGUACGAAGGCUGCAGUCAAGUCUAUGUUGCUAUCAGCAGCUUUCAGAAUCACGUCAACCUAGUCCACAGGAAAGGGAGGACAAAGGUAUGUCCACAUCCAGGCUGCGGGAAAAAGUUUUACCUGUCGAACCACCUGCAUCGACACAUGAUCAUCCACUCAGGGGUCCGAGAUUUCAUCUGUGAGACGUGCGGGAAAUCCUUUAAGCGGAAGAAUCACCUGGAGGUCCACAGGAGGACUCACACAGGAGAAACACCACUACAAUGUGAAAUCUGUGGCUACCAGUGUCGCCAGCGAGCGUCUCUGAACUGGCACAUGAAGAAGCACACUUCAGAGGCUCACUACAACUUCACCUGCGAGUUCUGUGAGAAGAGGUUCGAGAAACUGGACAGUGUUAAAUUUCACAAACUAAAGAGCCACCCGGACAAACUGGCAACGUGAGGUGCUCAGAAACCUGACGAUGGGAAUUUACAGAUCGGCCGUCAAAAGAAGACUUCCAGUAGAGAGACUUUGCUUCGCUGUGUUCGUCUGGCCUCUCAACUCCAGGAUGAUGUGAGCAUUAACUGUAAACCCACAAGAAGUGGAUAAAGUGGGCCUAACAGCUGUGCAGGACACAAGCUAAUUCAGAGUACAGGGCCAAAAUAGGGGUUCUGAACAUGUUUCGAACAUUAAGAAAAUAAAAAGCUCAAUCAAAUCAAUUGACCCUGUGCUAAACCCCUGCUCGAACCGCUCAUAGCCUAAGAACCAUAACUACUCACAGCCAAUUAUUUAUCAGUAUAUUAAGUUUUUGUCCUUUAGUUUCUUUUUGUCUCCUUUUGUAAUCCAUUACAAAACAAAAAUCAAGAGUAAAAAUGUAAUAAAUGGUUGUUUGAGGGCUCUGACAUCAACUUCCAACGUUAGCAUGAUCAGCUAAUUAGCUUACGACCUGAAAUAGUAAUCCAUUGUUACUUCAAAUAACAGCUGUAUAUCUACUGUCAUUGUUAGCUGUUACGGUUUAUGUAAAAAAGAGCCCAGUUCACAACUAGCACAUCAACAGUGCAGUAUUUCCCCACUGUGUGGGAGCCAGUACAGGAUGCUACUAUAGCUAGGCUAGCAUUAGCUCCUUGGCCCUGGUGCAUUAUUGGUAGCUAACUUGUUAAGCCAGACAGCAUUUUGUUCACUAAACACAUUGGUUGGUUUUCAUCCUAAAAGCCUUUUCUUUCAAUCUUCAAAGUAAAACUUGAGAAAUAUUUUUUUCAAUCUUAAUCAUUUUCAUAAUCAUCAUAAAUCCAACCAAUGUUUUGCUUGUUAGCUAAGCAGCUAAUGCUUAAUAAUAAAUACUCAACAGUAUUGAACACACUAGAUAAAAUGCUGUUUCUAUAUUUCUAGCUCUUCUAUAUGACUCAUCAACUGUUGAGGAUGCUUAAUAUUAUACUUUUACGGGUUUGUAAUUUUCCAAACGAUCAGUUUAAAACAUUAAGUUUGCAGAUGGUGUUUCUUUAGCUAGCUCAUGUAGCUAACGUUAGCUUGAUUAGCUAGCCAGCUAUAUCUGAUCAAAUAUUUCAGUGAUGGCAAUCCUUUCAGCCGGUUUCAUUUGUGGUUUGUGGUUAGAAAUGAGAAUCCUCUUUUCUUUUACCUCUGAAGGAAAUAUGCAGGUCAUUGUCUGAGUGAAAGUUACUAAGAAUUUCUAGUUGGGAUUUAGCUAACGGUUAAUUAAUAGUUUAAAAGAAAAAUAUUUUCCCAAUCAAGGAAAUGAGCAUUUGAAAAUGUUCUGAUGUGAAGAUUAUUGAUAACAUUUCUGUUGAACGGGUUCAUAUUAAAUACAUGUGUGUUAAAUAUACUUGAGGUUAAGGCUGUGAAAUGAACACAUAUAGGAUCUGCCAUUUUGGUCAUAUAGAGCAUUUUGUGGGCUAAAGGUAUAUAGGCUGUACCUUAAAUAUUACCUUUUCAAUCUGUUUCAUCGUCCCAGUGACUAUUUCUCAGGAAAACUCACCUCAGUCCUUGUUUGUUCUGUCUGUACUUCAGUUUCCUAAGCAAAUGCACUUUUUGUUAGCUGAUGAAUCAUUAAAAUAUGCUAAUACGA